UAGGUAGGUACCUACCUACAUUUCCGAAUGCAGCAUUUCACCAUUUGAUUUCAAUGUGUCACAAUAACAUUUGGCAGACUUGACACUUACACCGAGUAUAGUUUUGGUUCUUUUAAAGAGAGUUUUUUGCAGUUUACUUAUUGAUUUAAAUUUUCAUUAAUGGCUUUGAAUAAUUCCUAUGUUAUUAGUGUGCAAAUAAAUUGAUUGGAAUUGUAGCCAAAGGCAAAGACAGUUUACUCUAAGAAUUUAACGAUACAAUCGUUUUUCGGUUCCUAUCUCGUAUCUAUUCCUUAUUAAACACAUACAGAGGUGUUUAGAUUUUACUAUGGCUUCAGAUAGUUAUGGAGUAUUGAAUGAUUUAGCUCCAGUUUUUCGUCCUUACAUUCAAAAUGUAUACCAAGAUUUGCAGCUUGGUUUAUGCAAGACCAAGGUUGACUUUGAAAGAGUAUCAGUGCGUUCAGAAGGUGGCGAUUGUCAGAUCCGAAUAGUUUUGCCAUAUUGUUCCAAGAAACUAAAAUGGGAGAUUAUAUUUGAUAGCACUGCACCAUGGUUCGCGCCUGAUUUCAGGUUUGAUGAUGAGAGUUUCCUUAUGAAUGUAGAUGAGACAUUUCUAGAAGAAAAAGUGCCCUCUCUUUCUAAAUGGAAUGAAAAUGAUCCAAAAGCACUCAGUGAUGUUAUUUCCGAACUCAUCAGUCUUUACAAACUUCAUCAAAUAAAGAAACUAAAUGAAGAUGACAGUUCUAGGGCAUAUUUUGAAUACAGUGCCCUACUUGGAGAUUCAUUAACAUCUGAAAAUGAUAUAGAAGUAUGGGUUGGUGGCCAUGUUGUUGAAUUUUUGAUCCGACUCAAUGUUGAUACAUCCAGAUUGCCAGAAGUGUAUAGUGAUGGAACGGAAAAGAACCCUGGUAUUGACACAGCAUUGUUGUUAGUCAGAUAUCCCAACUCAACAAAUGCUGAAUUAAUACUCUCACCCACUCUAACUAAGUCACUUGGAAAUAUAACAUUACCCACGAUGCAUCAGUCAGGGGUUUUAAUGGACUAUGUUCCAAUGGUAACAGAACUGUUAAAUAAUAAGAUAAAUGAUUUACUGGACAAUGAGAAAUUGAAACGGGAUUUGCUGGCACAGCUUAUAGUUAAAUAUGAAGGUGCUGUCCUAGAACAUGAUGCUAACAGUGCAGCAUUCUUGUUUGAAAUGAAUAAUUACCACUGGAUCUUACAAAUAGAUAUUGGUGCAAAGUUUCCAGAAAAACCUCCAGUAUUGGCAUUAAGAUCUAUUUACCACUGCAACAAAGGAAAGCCAGUUUACAAAAUACUCACAGGCUGUCCAUAUAAAAAAUUCGAGGCUUAUAUUGAACAGCAGGUUGAAAUCUUCAAGAAUGAGUGUUUGGGUCUGUACCCAAGAGAUCAACAUGUUUCCUUAGACAACUAGUUUAGGUUAAUAUGUGAUAUUGAGUGAUAAGAUUAAUAUUUGUUUUGGUCACAGUUCUUUAUGUUACAACUCUUGUUCAAUAACCAAACUUCUAAUGACUUACUCAUAAACUUAUACUAAUUUCUUCUAUUUGCAAGAAGAAGAUGAUACAACUUAUUUUUGUUAGACAAUUCAAAUUGUCUUUAACUAAGCAGAGGUUAUGAUGUAAAUAAACAUAAAAUAAAAGAUCUUCAUAUAUUUUAUGGCUUUUAUUGUUUAAAACCUUAUUAAUACUUUGUAUCCAUACAGGUGUUAUUCUUAGCAAAGUUUAUGAUAACUUUCUAAGAAAUAGUAUCUACAAUAUUCUUUAAGUAAGCAAUUUUACCUGAAGUAUAUAACUAUAUAACUUUUUUUAAAUUACCUACAUUGUUUAUGUGGGUAUUCUAGCCUAUAGAUAGUUUUUGAAUCACUAAAGUGUAUACUGAAUACUUCUAAUUCAUAUCUUGCAUUUUUAUGAAGUCCAAAUUUAGACAACAGGUAUGUAACUGUGAAUUUUAUUUUUAAAUAAAAUUUAAUCACAAAGAGUUUCCACAGUGACAAACUCUUGUCGACAGAAGAACCCCACAGUAAAAUAAAUACUUUAAUAGUAAUAAGUACAUGCAACACACAUGAUAAUGUACUACAUCUAAUUAGUUAACUUUGUAUUUUCUUUUGAACCAAUAAGUUCAUAGCGAUAUCUCAUAUACAUAACUUUCAUUCUGUCCCAAGCAUUUUCAAAAGAAUCAAGAGCAGGUCUGACAUCAAGCAGUGCAAACUGGUACUGGUUGUCAACUUCACCACCAUCAUAGUAAUCAAUAACAUAACGGACCUCUUUUCCACAUCGGUCAACAAUCCAGUCAUGUCUGUCAAAGGGCAAUUCAUAUCUGAAAAUAAAACAACAAAAAUUAACUAAAAGUUAUUGUGAAAACUUAUUUAUUUAUCAAUUAUACAACUUUUUAUACAUACCCAAGCCAGUGCCUAAUGCGAGCCCUUGGACUGUAAUCUGAAGCUUUACCUCCAAAGCUCUUGAGUCUUGGGUGACCACACUCUUUGGCAUGUAGCGCUUCCCACUUCAAGACCUCCUGCCAAGC